AUGGCCCGGCUUGUGGAAUGUGUUCCAAAUUUCUCCAACGGGCAGAAUAAGGAGGUUAUUGAUGCCAUCGCUGAUGCUAUUUCACGGACUAAUGGCUGCUCUCUGUUGGAUGUGGAUCCUGGUCCCUCCACUAAUCGGACGGUGUAUACGUUUGUUGGUUCUCCCGAGGCUGUGGUAGAGGGAGCAUUGAAUGCUGCACAAGUGGCCUUUGACCUCAUCGACAUGACGACACACAGAGGUGAACAUCCCAGACUAGGUAGUCUGGAUGUUUGUCCCUUUAUCCCAGUCCGGAAUGUCGAUAUGGCUGAUUGUGUUUGGUGUGCAAAUGAGUUCGGCAAACGGCUUGCAGACAACCUGCAAGUGCCUGUGUAUUUAUACGCAGAAGCAGCUCGUGAUGAAAGACGGAGAACAUUGCCCAGCAUUCGUGCUGGUGAAUAUGAAGGGCUCCCGGAAAAGCUGAAGAAUCCGGAGUGGAGUCCGGACUUUGGGAGCACGACUUUUGUCCCGCGCUGGGGAGCCACAGUGACCGGAGCCCGGAACUUCCUCAUCGCCUUCAACGUGAAUCUACUGAGCACGAAGGAGCAAGCUCACCGCAUUGCCCUCAAUAUCCGAGAGCAAGGUCGAGGCAGGGACCAGCCUGGACGUCUGAAUAAAGUGCAAGCUAUUGGCUGGUACUUAGAGGAAGCUAAUAUUGCCCAGGUCUCCACUAAUCUUCUUGAUUUCGAAGUGACUGCACUGCACACAGUAUUUGAAGAAGUCUGUAAGGAUGCCAAGGAUUUAGAUUUGCCCGUCGUUGGCUCUCAGAUUGUUGGUCUCGUCCCCUUGAAAUCCAUAAUGGCUGCCGCGGAGUUUUAUAUGAAGAAAGAAAACUUAUUUAUCCUUGAGGAAGAGCAUAAAGUCCGACUGGUCAUCAGCCGACUGGGCCUUGAUUCUCUUGCUCCUUUCAAUGCUAAAGAAAGAAUUAUUGAAUACAUGGUGCAGGAGGAGCAGGAGAGUCGCCUGGUUUCUUUGCCUCUGCAGGAAUUUAUUAAAAAUGUUGGAGCUCGGUCUGCAGCUCCUGGUGGAGGCUCCGUCACUGCAGCCGUGGCUGCCAUGGGUGCGGCCCUGGGCUCAAUGGUUGGAUUAAUGACUUACGGCAAGCGACAAUUUGAUCAUCUGGAUAGUUCAAUGAGGAAACUGAUCACUCCUUUCCAUCGCACAAUGAAUGAGCUCAUCACCAUGGUGGAUGAUGACUCCAACGCGUUCAACAGCUACAUGGCUGCCCUCAAGAUGCCCAAGUCAACCUCAGCAGAAAGGGAAAGGCGAGAAGCUGCAAUGCAGGACGGUUUGAAGAAAGCAAUCAACGUCCCCCUGGCCUUAGCAGAGAAGGUGAACAGUCUCUGGCCUGUCUUAAAGGAGAUGGCAACAUGUGGAAACCUGGCCUGCAAAUCAGACUUGCAGGUUGCUGCUAAAGCUUUGGAACUGGGAGUAUUUGGGGCCCAUUACAACAUCAUCAUUAACCUCAAGGAUAUGAAAGAUCAGGAUUUCAGCACCAAGGCCAGAGCAAGGGCUCUUGACCUCCUGGAGGAGGCGAGACGAAACACCGUGCAGGCCUUAGAGCUGAUGGACAAACGGAAGGAGUGA